UCUGUCAAUGGCUGCAUUGCCCAGAUGUUCCUUUUUAUCCUCUUGCCUGGUGCUGAAGCUUUCAUUCUCUCUGCCAUGGCUUAUGACCGCUACGCUGCCAUCUGUGAUCCAUUACAUUAUGUUCAGACAAUGAGGAAAGGGAUUUGUGUUCAGCUGGUUAGUGGUGCGUGGACAAUGGGCUUCUUCAAUGCCCUUCUUAACACAGUUUUUGCCCUCAAGUUGCAUUUCUGUGGGCCCAAUCAAAUCAGCCAUUUCAGCUGUGAGCUCCCUCCUCUGUUACAACUGUCCUGCACUGACACCCUCACCAAUCAAGUGGUGCUACUUAUUUCUGCUUUGGUAUUUGGUUUGAGCUCCUUCCUCCUCACCCUAAUCUCCUACAUUCACAUCAUCUACACCAUCCUGAGGAUACGCACUGCGGAGGGCAGGCGUAAAGCCUUCUCCACCUGCAGCUCCCACCUGAUUGUGGUUGGCUUGUUGUACGUGACAGGUUUUCUCCAGUACACAAAACCCAGCUCAGUCUCCUCUGUGGUUCUGGAUGAAAUGUUCUCCAUCCAGUACAGCAUCUUGACCCCCUUGUUAAACCCCAUUGUCUAUAGCCUGAAGAACAAGGAGGUUAAAACAAAUCUAAGGAAUAUAUUGUGGAAAUUCAGGUUUCUCAAUUAG